AUGGUGCACCAGAAAUGUACAAUCAUCGGCUCCGGCCCUGCUGCUCAUACUGCAGCAAUUUACUUGGCAAGAGCUGAAAUCAAGCCCACCCUUUACGAGGGUAUGUUUGCCAAUGGAAUUGCUGCCGGUGGUCAAUUAACUACAACAACUGAGAUAGAGAAUUUUCCAGGGUUUCCUGAGGGUUUGACCGGUUCAGAGUUGAUGGAUAGAAUGAAGGCACAGUCUGUGAAAUUUGGUACGGAAGUUAUUACUGAGACUGUUGCCAAGCUUGAUCUUUCUUCGAAGCCUUUUAAGCUAUGGACUGAGUUCAACGAGGACAGUGAGCCUAUCACCACUGACGCGGUGAUUUUGGCGACAGGUGCCUCUGCCAAGAGGAUGCACUUGCCUGGCGAAGAGACAUAUUGGCAGCAGGGUAUUUCAGCCUGCGCAGUAUGCGACGGAGCUGUGCCAAUUUUCAGAAAUAAGCCUUUGGCAGUUGUAGGAGGCGGUGAUUCUGCAUGUGAAGAAGCUGCAUUCCUAACCAAGUACGGCUCCAAGGUUUACAUGUUGGUUAGAAGAGACCAAAUGCGUGCAUCCAACAUCAUGCAAAGACGUGUAGAGAAGAAUGAAAAAAUUGAAGUCUUGUAUAAUACGGUACCUUUGGAAGCCAAGGGAGACGGCAAGUUCUUGAAUGCAUUAAGGGUAAAGAAUCGCGAAACCAAUAAUGAAUAUGACUUGGCUGUUAAUGGUCUAUUCUAUGCUAUUGGGCAUACACCAGCCACCAGCAUUGUUAAGGGCCAGGUUGACUUGGAUGAUACUGGGUAUGUAAAAGUUAUUCCAGGAACAUCGAUGACUUCAGUUCCAGGUGUCUUCGCAGCCGGUGAUGUCCAAGAUUCCAGAUACAGACAGGCCAUUACCUCCGCUGGAUCUGGUUGUAUGGCUGCUUUGGACGCCGAAAAGUAUAUAUCAGAGCUCGAAUAA